UCGCCGGUCGAGGCGAAACUUGGAUACUAUCAUGGUUGGUUGUAAAGCCUGUCGGUGGAGGGACUCGAAAGCAGUACGGGUCUGCAAGCAGGUUUUAAGCAGUUCUUGGAGACCUCAGUAGUUCCCGCCCACAACACGCCCAUUAAACCAGAAUAAAUAGUGCACUUUCGCCGAGAGAAGAGCCCACUUUCAUUUCAUCUUCGUUAAAAGACAAUGGAGACUGAAAUUGAACAGCAGGAAGAAGAGACUACAUUCAGCAACACAGAGACAAACGGAAAACGCCCGGCAGAAGACAUGGAGGAAGAGCAAGUCUUUAAGAGGUCUCGUAACACCGAUGAAAUGGUAGAAUUGCGAGUCCUGCUUCAAAGCAAAAAUGCAGGCGCUGUGAUUGGAAAGGGUGGAAAAAACAUUAAAGCCCUCCGUACGGACUACAAUGCCAGUGUAUCAGUCCCAGACAGCAGUGGCCCCGAGCGUAUUCUGAGCAUCAGUGCGGACAUUGAGACAAUUGGAGAGAUUCUGCUGAAGAUCAUUCCUACUUUGGAAGAGUACCAGCAUUACAAAGGAAUUGAUUUCGAUUGUGAGCUGAGACUUCUCAUUCAUCAGAGUCUAGCAGGGGGCAUCAUUGGAGUCAAAGGAGCCAAGAUUAAAGAGCUGAGAGAGAAUACGCAAACAACAAUCAAGCUCUUUCAGGAGUGUUGUCCUCAUUCCACUGACAGAGUAGUGCUUGUUGGGGGAAAACCUGACCGUGUGGUGGAGUGCAUCAAAAUCAUCCUGGAAUUAAUAUCUGAGGCCCCAAUUAAAGGACGUGCCCAGCCUUAUGACCCAAACUUCUACGAUGAAACUUAUGACUAUGGCGGCUUCACCAUGAUGUAUGACGACCGUGGAAGGCGUCCAAUGGGUUUUCCCAUGCGAGGUCGAGGAGGGUUUGACCGCAUGCCCCCUGGCCGAGGUGGUCGACCCAUGCCUCCGUCGAGAAGGGAUUAUGAUGAUAUGAGCCCCCGUAGAGGACCUCCGCCGCCUCCCCCAGGAAGAGGAGGCCGAGGAGGCAGCAGAGCUCGUAACCUGCCCCUGCCUCCCCCACCACCGCCCAGAGGAGGAGAUGAGCAGUUUUCCUACGAGACCUAUCAUGCCCAUGCAGACGACGGACGAAAUAAUGACAGAAGAGGGAGGCCUGGUGAUCGCUAUGAUGGAAUGAGUGGGGGUGGAUACGAUAACAAUUCAUCCUGGGAACCCUUCCAGUCUGGUGGUCGUGGGUCCUAUGGUGACAUAGGGGGGCCUGUUAUCACGACACAAGUUACCAUCCCAAAAGAUUUGGCGGGAUCAAUAAUCGGGAAAGGGGGGCAAAGAAUCAAGCAAAUCCGACAUGAGUCUGGAGCAUCCAUUAAAAUAGAUGAGCCCCUGGAAGGAUCUGAAGAUCGCAUAAUCACGAUCACUGGCACGCAGGACCAGAUCCAAAAUGCACAGUACCUAUUGCAGAACAGUGUGAAGCAGUACUCUGGUCGAUUCUUCUAAAGGAGGAGAUUAAGAUUGAAGGAAUACCGCGCUGCUUGUUUUGUCCCUGCUUCUGUUAAGAGCCAACAUUCCUCUGCUUAGGUAGAUGUUCUGCAUUUGGGGUGUAGUUUCCAAUUCUGCUUCUUUUCCAUCUGAUGUAACCAGAUUCUUAGAACUUUAAAUGUAUGGAGUUUCAAAACAGCAGCAGAAUGAGUGGAUUCUUUUAAUUUUUUUUAUUUUUGUUAAACUUGUUUUGAUGAAUUAUUGUAAUGUGUUUUCUGUAAUUUAGAGUAAGCUCAUCUGUAUGUACACUGUUUGUAUGGGCAAAAGUACUGGUAGCUCAAACGUGCCAGGCAUCCAUUCAGUACAAUGUGCGGAAUGUAAUCGUUUUGUAAGGAACAUUUUAUGAUUUUUAAAAUAAAUUUAGUAAAUUGUUCUUCCUUGCUAUUUUCAGUUAACAAAAGGCUAGGGGCUGUAUAAAGAAAUGUAAAUAUACUUUUAUAGAUUGAAUUUCCAUAAAGGAUUUUUUUUCUCUGUGGGUUAUAUUCUAAUGUACUGAUUGGACCAAAAACAGGGGUGAGGUGGGUGUCUUCAGAGCCUGCCGGUCAUGUUAGAUGUGUAAUCAGAAUUCAACAGUGUAUUGAGCUCAUGUCUUGUAUAAAUAGGAUUGAUCAAUCAAUCAAGUAGUGCACAUUUUUUUCCCUCAAAUGUAGACUUAGAUAAAGUUCAUUGGUCUUGCUAAAGCCUGUUUUCUACUUGUCUCUAAGCAUUUUUAACGUUAAAAGUAAUCUUUACACUUAACCAUUCAGGGAGUAUAUGCAGUAUUGCUAACCAAUGCGCAGGCCUUUUCUGUCAGAAGUUAAGGUGAUUGUCAUUUCAUCAUACUUCUGAAGUCCUGCUGUAGAAUAUGCUGCAAGUCUGAGUAAUAAAGAAAAUGCCACCCUUUUAAUAGAUGCGCUUUUUUCGAGAGUGUUGUUAACACUAUAUUCUGUCAAAGUUUGGGGAAAAAACACAUUUUUCAGGGCAACUGUGACCUAGCUGGUGAGUGGAUUGGUUUUUGUUUAGCGUUCAUUUGAUUUGCCUCAGUAUUUUACAUUCACCCUUUUCUGCUUGGAUCCAUAAAUUACCGAGGAGACUUAAUCGAACAUGCACGUAUCUCAGUCUCUUUUUAAAAUAUCUUGACAAGGUUUUCUGAAAAAAUGCUGUGAACACAAGGAGGAUGGUAUUGCCUGGCCUUUCAGACCUUAUCAGGUACAAGUAGUGUUGCUGUUACAGUGAGCUGAAUUAAACAGGAUAUUUUCCCUUUCCGGGUGGAAAAACAUUGAUUUCCUUGCCAUUUCCCAUUCUUAGAUGGGCAAGUCAAGCAAGUGACCUGAAGACCACCUGUCCCUAUGAACUGUACUGUUACAGUGUGCAACUUUAGUAGGUUUUUUGUAAUCUUGUAUUUUAUGGAAAAUUUUGCUGAGAUACGAAGUAUGUGACCCUUCUUUUCCAUUGCAGGUGUUCAAUCUAUUUAAUAAAGGUUGAAAUGCAACAAA